GCGCACGGAUCACCACUCCUCGCGUCCCGCGCUCCCCGUCCACGGCCACUCGUUCCUCACCACCACAACGGGUCACCGCCCACCGCUCACCGCCGGCGUACGAAAUGCUGUCCGCGUCCCUGAAGCCGCCGCCCUCGCUCCCGGCGAUCUCCCCGUCCUCCCGCGCCCCCGCGCUGCCCGCCGCCUCAUUCCCUUCCCUUCUUCCCAGCCGCGGCCGGGUCCGCCUCUCGGCGGCCGCGUCCGAGGGCGCCACCGUCAGCCAGGAGGACGCCGCGUCUGUCUCCGCCGCGUUCGAGGAGGCGCGCCUGGCUCAGUUCGCGGCGGACUGGAAGGCUGUGCGCGCGGACAAGGACCAGGGGAAGAUCCUCACGCUGCCCGUGCUGCGGUCAAACACCGGCGGGCUCAUCCUCAAGUACAACUCCAUGCAGGGCUUCGUGCCCAACCCUCUCCUCAGCCCCGCCCAUUGGUGUAAAGAUCCCAAAAGGCCCAUUCAAGAUGUUACAAAGGACCUAGUAGGUUCCUCUGUUUCUGUCAAGGUAGUUGAAGCAAAUGAGGCAGAAAAGAAGCUUGUAUUCUCUGAGAAGGAUGCCAGUUGGUCAAUGUACUCUUCUCAAGUAAAGAUUGGCGGUAUCUAUGAUGGAAUUGUCGGCUCAGUGUUCCACUAUGGUGCAUUUGUUCACCUGCGAUUUCCUGAUGGAAAGUAUCAUCUCACUGGUCUCGUACAUAUCUCUGAGGUCUCUUGGGAUCUUGUCCAAGAUGUCCAAGAUUUUCUAACUGAAGGCGAUAUCGUCAAGGUCAUAGUGGUGAAUGUUGAUGCGGAGAAGUCAAGGAUAGGUUUAUCAAUCAGGCAAUUGGAGGAAGAUCCUCUGCUGGAGACAUUGGACAAAAUUAUUCCUUUGGAACCUGAUCUGUCACCUGAUGCUGAGACCGCAUCAUCUCCUCCAGAAAUUGAACUUCUUCCAGGACUUGACGGUAUAUGUAAUGAACUUCUACAAGAGGACGGUAUAACAGAUGUGCGGUUCGGGCGGCAGGCAUUGGAGAAACGUGUGGUUUCGCAAGAUCUAGAGCUCUGGCUUUCUAGUGUAUGUAUCAUCCUAAAGCACACUAAUAUUAUUACUCAUCGAAGGAGCCACGUGACGAGUAUGGUGAUGUAUUGGGUCUCUCGUUCGUUAUGCAGGUGCCAGCUAAGGACAACCAGUACAAGCUUCUUGCUCGAGCCGGGAGACAGGUCCAGGAAGUGUACCUGACGACGAGCCUGGACCAGGAGGGCGUGAAGAAGGCGGUGCAAAGAGUACUAGGCCGCGUCCCCUGAGCCUGCAUGGCUGAAGGCGGUGCAUCGAUCGUGCCGGCCAGUUCCCUAACUAAGCGACCACACUAUACAUAGUGAAGUCCAAACGACAUGGUGCUGAAACUCCCAUUCCUCCCAGUUGGAGACCGAGAGUUGUACAUUUUUGCAGCACUGCAAUGAGUAGGUAGGCACGGCAAUCACCUGGCUGAACCAACUGAACCCUCGGGGAGUUCCCGUGUAUAUGUAAAUAAAUAUAAAUACGUACGUCUGCUAAUGGCGUGGAUCAGAAA